AUUACUGGUAGCUAUGACACUUCAUUUACGUCACUAUAAAUACAACCCUGUGCUUAAAGCCCUAUGAUAUUUCUUUAUUCGAGAGCUUCCAGAGAGCUGUAACGAACCCAAAGAAUAAUUAAACUCUACGUUUGCGAACAAAAUGGCCUCCAGCAACAAGAUGGAGACAGAGAGCAGGAAUCAAGAACUGAAGCAUCUGGGGUUUGUGAGGGUCGCUGCGAUUCAAGCGCUGGUUUGCAUGUCUAAUCUGUACGACUACGCAAAACAGAAUUCGGGACCUUUGCGAUCCGUGGUUGGGACUGUGGAGGGUGCUGUGACCACCGUCGUUGGUCCAGUCUACGAGAAAUUUAAGGAUGUUCCUGACGAUUUCCUUUCUUUUGCAGACAAAAAGGUAGAUGAAGCUACAUACAAAUUUGAUAAGCAUGCUCCUCCAUUGGCAAAACAGGUUGUGAGCCGGGCCCAUUGUUACAUGGUUAAGGCGUCAGAGAAAGCUCGUAAAUUUGUCAACGUGGCUCAAACUGGAGGGCCACGAGCAGCUAUUCAUUGUGCCGCCACAGAGUAUAAACAGUUAGUCUUAAACCAAGCUGUAAGACUAUGGGUUGGAGUCAACCAGUGCCCUCCGGUCCACACUGUGGCACAGAAGGCUGCACCAACAGCUGCUCAGUUGUCGGAGAAGUACAACCGUACAGUUAAGGACUUGACAACAAGGGGCUACACUGUGUUUGGCUACUUUCCUUUAGUUCCUAUCGAUGAGAUAGCCAAGGCUUUUAAACAGGGUGAGAGUGAAACGGGGAAGAAAAUGGAUUCAGAUGCUUCUUCGGGAGAUAAAUCAGAUUCUGACUCAGAUUAAAGGAGUUUCUUGAUGUUGAAAUUGGAUUACUAAUCCCUAUUAGGACUGGUGUGAAGAAAUCUUUAGUGUUUGUGGGUUGAGGUGCCAAUGUGUAUAGUGCUUGUGCGCUUGAGCUCCUUUUCAGUAUGUGAAUGGAUAUGAAUUGAGUUGUUAAGAGAAUUUACGUUUCUCGUCGUGCUUUGUUAAUAUAACCUAGAACUAGUUGAUAUA